AUGGCAUCUGUGAUAGUGGCAGUCGUCUUAUCUGAUUUCCCUCUUCUCCCAAAAGGCAAGCACGAGGAGCGGCAGGACGAGCAUGGCUACAUCUCCUGGUGCUUCACGCGGAAAUACAAGCUGCCCUCCGGUGUGGACCCCACCCAGGUCUCCUCCUCCCUGUCCCCUGAGGGCACACUGACCGUGGAAGCCCCCAUGCCCAAGCUAGCCACACAGUCCAACGAGAUCACCAUCCCGGUCACCUUCGAGUCGCGGGCCCAGCUUGGGGGCCCAGAAGCUGCAAAAUCCGACGAGACUGCCGCCAAGUAAAGCCUUAGCCCGGAAGCCCACCCCUGCUGCCGCCACUGGCUGCGCCCCCCCACCCUCAACCUGUGUGUUCUUUUGAUACGUUUAUCUUGUUUUUCCUCAAAUAAAGUUCCAAGUAAC